UUGCCGCGCAUUUAUAAUAUAAUUAUGAAUGAAACCAAUUCUGCUGGUAUUGAAACCAGCAAUUCCAGUCAAAACACCGAUGACUCAUAGCAUAGCACGCGACCAGCUGUGCAGGGCUAUUGUACUUUUGCAGCCGUGCUGCUUCGUGAUGAUUAUGUAGAAAUCGAUCUUCAUCUCCGCUUAUAAAAACGGAAUUUAUCUAUCGCCGUAGCACAUUUCAACAUCACCGUCAGCAUCGGACUCAGUGCAAUUUCCACUGCCUGUAGAGCAACAGAUGCAGGGUCUGCCGUAAAGGAAAUCAUACUUUCAAUUAACUGAUAACCAUGGGCGACUCGUUCCACAAUUUCCUGAAGCAGCUCGGGGAGAGCAUCUCGGAGGAGGAGCUCCGCUCCCUGGCGGCCGCCUGCCAAGACGUCAUCCCUAACGAGGAGAGGGAGAGGAUACACAAACAGCGGGAGCUGUUCGAGUACAUGGAGAAGAUGGGCAAGCUCAGCGCAGAUGAUUUAUCGUACUUAGAACACGCGCUGGAGAAGAUAUGCCGGCCGGACUUAGUCACGCAAAUAAUGGACUACAAGCAGUCGCUACCAGACAAAGAGACCAAGAAUAAAGAAAUAUCAGGACCGGCCAGAAAAUACAAAGCAAUGAACGAGGAGACGGGUCAGGUCCCCGAUGACGUCAUAUCCGGUCUGGCCAAGCUGGAACUAGCUCCUCCCCCUACCCAUAAAAGGAAAGACAACAGAUGAGAUACCAGCAGAAAGAUAUUGCUUUAAUUACGAAUGACCAAAUUAUGUUGUUUUACUUGAGGCGUAUACAGAGUAUACUUUGCUAAAUGAGGUUUCGCCUCGAUCUCUGAAAUCCAAUUACUUUUUCUCUUCAGUUGCAUUUUAUGUAAAUAUCUGUUUGAUGCAAAUGCCUGUUUUUUUCCUAUCACCUUUUAUUGCUUGACUUACUUAUCGGUGAACCCAUUGCGCCCGUAAUGUCCGAUACGGACCAUUACAGGAUGAAUCAAAAAGAAAGUGACCGAAUUUGAAAAAUAUUUUUAAAAUAUUUGCCUUGCUCCAUUUCAUAAAAUCCUUAAAAA